AUGGGAAAUUAAUGUACUGCAAUAGAUCAUUGUUCAAAAGCAGAAGUCAUAUUUGAUACUACUAAUAAUGAUUUAUAUACUGAGAAUAUUGAAUUUACUGAUAGGCCAUCUGAAGACUUUGUUUAAUCAAUACGAAUGAGUUAUAGACCCUAAUAAUCAAUUCCAAUAUAGAAAGUAUAGGUUCCAAUAGAAAUUGAAGAUAAAAUAGAAGAACGACCAACUUAUUAGUUUCCAGAUGGAGUUCUCUAUACAGGAUAAUGGAAAGGUACAAUACGAGAAGGUCAUGGAAUACAAGAAUGUAAAAAGAUUAUAAAAAUAAUAAGGGCCGGAUGGAGCAAGGUAUGAAGGACAAUUUCAUAAUAAUGUACCUCAUUGUAGAGGGAAAUUUACUCAUGCUGAUGGAGAUAUUUAUGAAGGGGAAUGGAAUCAAGGGCAAGCAGAGGGAUUUGGAACUUUUUAUUAUAAACUGAAUGGAAAGUAUGAAGGAGAAUGGAAAGAAGAUGUAUAACAUGGAUUUGGGAAAUAAGAGUGGCCAGAUGGAUCAAGAUAUGAAGGUAAUUAUGUAAAUGGAAUGAAACAUGGGGAAGGAAAUUAUUAUUGGGCUGAUGGAACUUCAUAUUAAGGAGAAUGGGGAUAGAAUUAAUUUAAUGGUUAAGGAGCAUAUAUAUGGGCUAAUGGAAGAUAGUAUGAAGGAUAAUUUCUUAAUGGUUUUAUGCAUGGAUAUGGAGUAUACAAAUGGCCAGAUGGGAAAUCAUAUUAAGGAGAGUUUAAGAAUGAUAANUUUAAACCAAUUCAUACAACUUUGAUAACAAUUAAUCUAUUAAGUAAAAUUAAAUAUAGAAUUUACUCCAUCAAAAAUAAAAAUAUAUAAGAAUUAAUAAGAGCUAAUUUAGUUAAAUUCAUUGGAUUAUAAUUAAAAUAUGAAAUCAUAUCAACUAUUGGCUAAAUUAAUAGAAUGAAUAUACUAAAAACAACAAAAUUGUAAAUGAUAUUUUUUUCAUAAAUGGUAUAAUUAUAUAUUUUUAUAACUAUUAGAAAGUAUACUAAAUUAAGACAACACUAUAUAUUGAUUAAUUUACAUAUAAUUUUAUAAGUAAAAUUUAUUAUUAAUCUAAGUAAUAUAUUAUCAAUGGGAAAUUAAUGUACUGCAAUAGAUCAUUGUUCAAAAGCAGAAGUCAUAUUUGAUACUACUAAUAAUGAUUUAUAUACUGAGAAUAUUGAAUUUACUGAUAGGCCAUCUGAAGACUUUGUUUAAUCAAUACGAAUGAGUUAUAGACCCUAAUAAUCAAUUCCAAUAUAGAAAGUAUAGGUUCCAAUAGAAAUUGAAGAUAAAAUAGAAGAACGACCAACUUAUUAGUUUCCAGAUGGAGUUCUCUAUACAGGAUAAUGGAAAGGUACAAUACGAGAAGGUCAUGGAAUACAAGAAUGUAAAAAGAUUAUAAAAAUAAUAAGGGCCGGAUGGAGCAAGGUAUGAAGGACAAUUUCAUAAUAAUGUACCUCAUUGUAGAGGGAAAUUUACUCAUGCUGAUGGAGAUAUUUAUGAAGGGGAAUGGAAUCAAGGGCAAGCAGAGGGAUUUGGAACUUUUUAUUAUAAACUGAAUGGAAAGUAUGAAGGAGAAUGGAAAGAAGAUGUAUAACAUGGAUUUGGGAAAUAAGAGUGGCCAGAUGGAUCAAGAUAUGAAGGUAAUUAUGUAAAUGGAAUGAAACAUGGGGAAGGAAAUUAUUAUUGGGCUGAUGGAACUUCAUAUUAAGGAGAAUGGGGAUAGAAUUAAUUUAAUGGUUAAGGAGCAUAUAUAUGGGCUAAUGGAAGAUAGUAUGAAGGAUAAUUUCUUAAUGGUUUUAUGCAUGGAUAUGGAGUAUACAAAUGGCCAGAUGGGAAAUCAUAUUAAGGAGAGUUUAAGAAUGAUAAAAAGGAUGGUUUUGGAGUUUAUACUUGGGCUGAUGGCAAGAGAUAUGAGGGAAGCUUUGCAGAAGGAUUAUAGAAUGGAAGAGGAACUAUGGUAUUUUAAGAUGGUACGAUUAAAUAAGGUAUUUGGGAAAAGGGAAAGAGAAUGGGAUGGUUGGAUGAUAAUAAUGAAUUACAGAAAAGUUUGAUAAUGAGUUAAUAUGGAAAUUAAAGUUUAUAUUAAAGUUAAUUGCCAAGUUAAAUUAGAAUGGUUUAAGAUUGA